GACCAGACCCGACGGGGGAGGGAAGACGCGCCCUGGGCGCAGGGCUCCCCGGAGUCCGCUCGGCGCGGUCAGGUGGGGCAGACGGCGAGGGAAGCCGGGCUGCUCGGGGUGCAGGGUCAGAGAGCCUCCGCGAGGGGCUCCGAGGGGAGCUGGACUCGGCAGUCGAGGACCCCGCGGGGCAGGCGGGCGGGGAGCGGGCGAGGGGCGGAGCUCGGAGGCCGGGGCCGCGGCGGCUGCCCAGAGGGCCUGCGGGGGCUGCGGGGACUGCGGUGGCCAGGUCUGGGGGCGGGCGCCUCUCCGGACCGGAACCUAGGAAUCAGGAGCGGGGCCCGCGCGCCGUCUCAGCUAAGCCGAGAGCCCAUCCUCGCGGGGACCCACAGCCGACGGGCCGGCGCUGUCCCAGGUGAGGGGUCCGGGUCUGGGCGCCAGAAAGGAUCGCAGCAGUCUCUACAUGAUGUGGCUUCUAAAGAUUCAAGGCCCACCCACCUUCCUAGUCUGCAAUGGAAACGGCAGAAAUGGAAAUUCAAACAUCACAAUUCCCAUUCUGUUAUUGAUCACUCUGUAGGCAUGUGCCCCCACCGCAAGGAGUGAACUGCACCAAGGGGGAAAGUUCUUGGGGCCCCCAAACUUCAGCACUUCUGUCUCUCCCCCUGGAGAGGAAGCACAACUAUGGCACUUUAUAGCUGCUAUUUGAUCCUCUUGGCAUUUAUGUGGCACACUUCUGCCUAUGGGCCUGACCAGCGAGCUCAGAAGAAAGGGGACAUUAUCCUUGGGGGACUCUUUCCUAUUCACUUUGGAGUAGCAGCCAAAGAUCAAGAUCUAAAGUCAAGGCCAGAGUCUGUGGAAUGCAUCAGGUAUAAUUUUCGGGGGUUUCGCUGGUUACAAGCCAUGAUAUUUGCCAUAGAGGAAAUAAACAGUAGCCCGGCUCUCCUUCCCAACAUGACGCUGGGAUACCGGAUAUUCGAUACUUGCAACACCGUUUCUAAAGCCUUGGAGGCCACCCUGAGUUUUGUGGCCCAGAACAAAAUCGAUUCUUUGAACCUUGAUGAGUUCUGCAACUGCUCGCGGCACAUCCCCUCUACCAUUGCUGUGGUGGGGGCAACCGGCUCCGGCAUCUCCACAGCUGUGGCAAACCUGCUGGGGCUCUUCUACAUUCCCCAGGUCAGUUAUGCCUCCUCCAGCAGACUCCUCAGCAAUAAGAAUCAGUUCAAGUCCUUUCUCCGUACCAUCCCGAAUGAUGAGCACCAGGCCACCGCCAUGGCGGACAUUAUUGAGUAUUUCCGCUGGAACUGGGUGGGCACCAUUGCAGCUGAUGAUGACUAUGGCCGGCCAGGGAUUGAGAAAUUCCGAGAAGAAGCUGAGGAGAGGGACAUAUGCAUUGACUUCAGUGAACUCAUCUCCCAGUACUCUGAUGAGGAAGAGAUCCAGCAGGUAGUAGAAGUCAUCCAGAAUUCCACAGCCAAAGUCAUCGUCGUCUUCUCUAGUGGCCCAGACCUUGAACCCCUCAUCAAGGAGAUCGUUCGGCGCAAUAUCACAGGGAGGAUCUGGCUGGCCAGCGAGGCCUGGGCCAGUUCUUCUCUGAUCGCCAUGCCGGAGUACUUCCACGUGGUCGGAGGCACUAUUGGAUUUGGUCUGAAGGCCGGGCAGAUACCAGGGUUCCGUGAAUUCUUACAGAAAGUCCAUCCCAGGAAAUCUGCCCACAAUGGUUUUGCCAAGGAGUUCUGGGAAGAAACAUUUAACUGCCACCUCCAAGAAGGUGCUAAAGGACCAUUACCCAUGGACACCUUCCUGAAAAGUCAAGAAGAAGGUGGUGGUAGGAUAAGCAACAGCUCCACUAUCUUCCGACCUUUCUGUACAGGGGAUGAGAACAUCAGCAGUGUUGAGACCCCUUACAUGGAUUACACACACUUACGGAUAUCCUACAACGUCUACUUAGCCGUCUACUCCAUUGCUCAUGCCCUGCAAGAUAUAUACACGUGCUUACCUGGGAAAGGGCUCUUCACCAACGGUUCCUGUGCCGAUAUCAAGAAGGUUGAGGCUUGGCAGGUCCUGAAGCACUUACGUCACCUAAACUUUACCAACAAUAUGGGGGAACAAGUGACUUUUGAUGAAUGUGGUGACUUGGUGGGGAACUACUCCAUCAUCAACUGGCACCUCUCUCCAGAGGACGGUUCCAUUGUGUUUAAGGAAGUUGGAUAUUACAACGUCUAUGCCAAGAAAGGAGAAAGGCUCUUCAUCAAUGAGAAGAAAAUCCUGUGGAGUGGGUUCUCCAGAGAGGUGCCUUUCUCCAACUGCAGCCGGAUCUGCCUGGCAGGGACCAGGAAGGGAAUCAUUGAGGGGGAGCCCACCUGCUGCUUUGAGUGCGUGGAGUGUCCCGAUGGGGAGUACAGCGACGAGACAGAUGCAAGUGCCUGCGACAAGUGCCCGGAUGACUUCUGGUCCAACGAGAACCACACGUCGUGCAUCGCCAAGGAGAUCGAGUUUCUGUCCUGGACGGAGCCGUUUGGGAUCGCGCUCACGCUCUUCGCCGUGCUGGGCAUUUUCCUGACGGCCUUCGUGCUGGGCGUCUUCACCAAGUUCCGCAACACGCCCAUCGUCAAGGCCACCAACCGCGAGCUCUCCUACCUCCUCCUCUUCUCCCUGCUCUGCUGCUUCUCCAGCUCCCUGUUCUUCAUCGGGGAGCCCCAGGACUGGACGUGCCGCCUGCGCCAGCCGGCCUUCGGCAUCAGCUUCGUGCUCUGCAUCUCCUGCAUCCUGGUGAAAACCAACCGCGUGCUGCUGGUGUUCGAGGCCAAGAUCCCCACCAGCUUCCACCGCAAGUGGUGGGGGCUCAACCUGCAGUUCCUGCUGGUCUUCCUCUGCACCUUCAUGCAGAUCGUCAUCUGCGCCAUCUGGCUCUACACGGCGCCGCCCUCCAGCUACCGCAACCACGAGCUGGAGGACGAGGUCAUCUUCAUCACGUGCCACGAGGGCUCGCUCAUGGCGUUGGGCUUCCUGAUCGGCUACACCUGCCUGCUGGCCGCCGUCUGCUUCUUCUUCGCCUUCAAGUCCCGCAAGCUGCCCGAGAACUUCAACGAGGCCAAGUUCAUCACCUUCAGCAUGCUCAUCUUCUUCAUCGUCUGGAUCUCCUUCAUCCCGGCCUACGCCAGCACCUAUGGCAAGUUCGUCUCGGCCGUGGAGGUGAUCGCCAUCCUGGCGGCCAGCUUCGGCCUGCUGGCCUGCAUCUUCUUCAACAAGGUCUACAUCAUCCUCUUCAAGCCGGCCCGCAACACCAUCGAGGAGGUGCGCUGCAGCACCGCCGCGCACGCCUUCAAGGUGGCGGCCCGCGCCACGCUGCGCCGCAGCAACGUCUCCCGCAGGCGCUCCGGCAGCCUCGGCGGCUCCACGGGCUCCACCCCGUCCUCUUCCUCCCCCAUCAGCAGCAAGAGCAACAGCGAGGACCCCUUCCCGCAGCCCGAGAGGCAGAAGCCGCAGCAGCCGCUCGCCCUGCCCCAGCGGGAGCCGCAGCCGCAGCAGCAGCCGCCCUCGGCCCUGCAGCCUCAGCAGCAGCAGCAGCAGCCCAGGUGCAAGCAGGUCAUCUUCGGCAGCGGCACCGUCACCUUCUCGCUGAGCUUUGACGAGCCUCAGAAGGGUGCCCACCGCAAUUCCUCGCACCAGAACUCCCUGGAGUCCCAGAAAAGCAAUGACACCCUCACCAGGCACCAGGCGCUGCUCCCGCUGCAGUGUGCGGAUCCAGACUCAGAACUGAGCGCCCCGGAGACUGGCCUGCAAGCGCCUGCAGGUGGAGACCGCCAGCCGCCGCCGGGGACUGAGGACCCCGAGGAGGUGCCCCCGGCUCUGGUGGUGUCCAACUCCCGGAGCUUCGUCAUCAGCGGGGGAGGCAGCACUGUCACAGAGAACAGGCUGCACUCCUAAGCCCGGAGGAGGCCAGUGGUCCAGGAGGGAUCCAGAGAUUUCCUGGGAUCCACACAUCCUCCCGCAGGGAGGAGGGGCUGCUCCCAACUCUUCUCUGAGGAAGGAGGAACAAUAGUCAUGCCAAACGCCUCCAACUUAGCUGCACUGUUUUAUGGGACAGUGAGUUGACUAAUGUUCCCUUUAACAUUAAAGAAAAAGAAGAAGAGCCAUGUGUGCUUCUGUGGUUGGAUUCGUCCCAGCGCUGGGGUAGCCAUGGUCAGAUUCCCUGUUCUUGUCUCUUCUUUUGUGCUCUUCUUCUGUUCUGUCUGACCCAGCAGCCCUGAGGUGGAACAGGCUUUAAGGGAUUCCCUGACCCUCCACCCUCUCCUCUUCUUUCCCCACC